GGACUUGACUUGCACAAGGCGACAACUUUUCGUUUUCAGGUUUUACUGAGGUGUGACCGUUCAGAUCCUUGUUCGUGUGUUGUAGUUGAUGCAGUGGAUCUUGGUGAUUUUUUUGUUCUUGUGUGGCUAAGUUGUUUGAUUUGAACUAAUCUUCAUUUGGAAAUAUACUUGGUUUUUCGUUAUCGCUAUAAGCUCAAGUGCUUUUGUUGUUUCUGCUGCUUUUUGUGUUUUGUUUUUUAAAUUUUUAAUUUUUACUGCUUCUGCCGCUGGUACUGCUAAAGUACUGUUGUUGUUGCUUUUGUGUAAGCUCUUUGAAUGUAGCUUUCAUUGCAGUUUAAUAUGUUGCUGCUGGUGGUGGUAAUGGGUGUAGUUCUGAUGGUUAUUGAUUUUUUACGUCAUUGUUGCUGUUGUCAUCGUCGUCGUUGUUGUUUUUACUGCUGGUGCUGCAACUAUCAUUAUUAUUAUUAUUAGAUCUUUUGUCAUCAAUGAUUUUGUAUGUAUCUUCAUUUUUAGUAUUAUCAUCUGUAUUACUAUUGUCAUUAUUGUCAUGUUUAGACAAAGUUUAAAUUACGUCGCUUUUUUCAUCCAAAGUUAGUUCCCUCAGCUCUGCUCCUCAUCACCAUGGUAUCGGAAAUGGCGGUCUUGGCGUUGUUGGCCUUGACUGUCUCACAUGUCCACGCUCAUCUGUGUAUUCUGAACCCCCCACAGAGAUUACGGAACCCGGACACACUGUACGUAUCCUGUUACCAGCAAGAGCCCCCAUGCGGGAGAAUGUUCCCACAAGUUCCUGAUUCUAAUAUGGCGAAACUAGUGUCCGGGAGUGAGUUCAGUGUGGACUUGUAUCUUCCAAUCACACACUACCAAAAGUCCUCAAAGACAAAAAUAGAGAUCUUCAUGGCAAAAACGGGAACAAAUAACUAUAACAAAAUCUCCGAGCAGAUGGGAGGACCUGAAACUUACCAGCAGAUCAAUGUCACCUUACCAUCAGAGAACGGAAAAUAUCUGCUACAGGCCGUUUACAAGCCACCAGGGUACACAUUCUUCAGUUGUGCGGAUGUGGAGCUGACGUCUGACAAAG